UCAUAGCUCAACAAGGCCUUGGCCAACCUAUCCUCAACCAACCAGGCAUGAAUCAACUGGAGGAGAACCAAUCAGGUGUGAACCAAUCAAGCCUACCAAAUGUGAAACAAAUAGCCACAAGUCAUCUACACACAAGCUUACUUUGUAUGAACCAACAAGAUAUGAGUCAACCAAGCAGAAGCCUAAAUGAUAUCAACCAACUGAACAUGAAACAACCAGACAUAAGCCAACCAGGCCCAGGCCAAACACAUAUGCACCAACCAGUUACAAAUCUACUAGACACAAACCAACCAGGCAUGAACCAACCAAGCAUGAAGAACCUCAGCAUAUGGCAACCAGGUAUGAGCCAACUAGUCCCAAGUCAACCAGGAACGUGGCAACCAGACCCAAGCCAACCAGGCACCAGCCAAUCAGGCAUGAGUCAGCCAGGCAUGACCCAGUCAGGCAUGGGCAAACCAGACAUGAGGUAUCCAAUUAUGAAUCAAUCAAGCCUGAAACAACAGGGCAUGGCCCAAGCAGGCAAGAGGCACCCAGUGACAAGCCACUCAAACCCAAACACUAGCCAAUCAAACACUAGACCAGCAGGCAUAAGGUAUCCAGUGAUGAGCUACUCAAGCCCAAACCAACUAGGCAUAGGCCAAUUAAGCACGAGCCAAGCAGGCAUGGGGUAUCCAGUGAUGAGCCACUCAAGCCCAAACACUAGCCAAUCAAACUUUAGCCCAGCAGAUGUAAGGUAUCCAGCAACAAGCCACUUACGCCCAAACCAACUAGACAUGAGCCAAGCAGGCAUGAGGCAUCCAGUGAUGAGUCAGUCAAGCCCAAACACUAGCCCAGAAGACAUCAAGUAUCUAGUGAUGAGCCACGCAAGCCUGAACCAACUAGGUAUGAGCCAACUAAGUAUGAAUCAACCAGGUCCAAGUCAACCAGAGUCAAGACAAUCAGGCGGUAACAACCCAGGCUUGAGUCAACGAAGCGGAAGCCAAUCACGUGAGAGUCAACUAGGAACUAGCCAAUCAGACAGAAGACAAUCGAUUGUGACUUCUUUCCAAGUAAGACAUGCAGAGGCUCAAGACUGUCCAGAAAUCCUGCGCUUGAUUAAAGAAUUAGCUGACUGUGAAAACAUGCUAGAUGCAGUGAAAUUAACAGAAGAUG